AUGGAUACUUUCAAUUUAAACAAAUGACGACUGCAGUCGCCUAAAAAUGACGAGCGAGGAAACCACGAUGAGCGAAAACUUUGUGGAGGAUGGCAAAAAUAAAACAAAAUUGUUUUGUGAAAGAUGUAACUCUACUGUUCUCUUGCCAAUGAAGGCAGUAUAUUGUGAAGUUGAGUUUUUCUUGCCUCACAUGAAGAAAAAAACUGAUGGAACCUCAGAAACAGGGGAGACACUUAAGAAGUACUGGAAAGUUGAUGAUAUGUUUGAAUUCGAAAACUUGGGUUUUACAAACACUGUUGAAACAAUAAAAUAUCUCAUCUGUGCAGACUGUGAAAUUGGACCAAUUGGAUGGCAUGACAUAAAUGACAAGAAGGCUUUCUAUAUUGCCCUAGAUCGUGUUAAACAUGCAGAUUAAGUGUAUGUAAAUCAUGCCAUUCUUUAUGGGACCAUAUGUUUGACAAAC